AUGAUUGAAAAUGCCUACAAUAGUCAUCAAUCAACAGUAAUCAUCGAUAAUGAUUACGUGGUCGACUUCGAAAAUAUGAUACAAUUUAAUGUACAUGAUAGAAAUCAACAAGCGGAAGUAAAAAGAUGUACAUCUGAGGAUGUUGAAAAUGAAGUUAUUGAGUCAACACGUUAUUUAUAUCCACUUGAUACUAUUCUAGGAAAUACUGUAAAAGAUAAUGGUUUAGUUUAUGGUUGUGAAUUUGCGUUCCGUUGGAUCCAAGACUGUAAUAAUGAAAAUUCAAAUCCAAGAACUAGAGACAUCUUUCCGUUACUUGUACAUGGUAUCGAAACUGAAGCUCAUAUUGCAAAAGAAUCGAAGAAUACAUUGAAAGAUAUUAUUAAUCAAUUAGAACAAACAAGACACAGAUACAGGGAUGCAAAUGAAGAUCUACGUAUGAAGUUUCUACGUCAAUGUUGUGCUAAGAUUUAUACAGGCGAAUUCUUUUUGUAUAAAGUAUUGAAUAAGACUUUACGCAAGAAUGAUUUUUCUAAAUUACAUACACUCGGUCCUUACUGUUUUCUUCUAUACAAUUAUAUUGGUUCUCAUGUAAACAAUGCUUGGUUAUCUCGUUAUAAACGACGAUUUCGUCACAUAAAAAUGGCUUCACUUGUUGUUUAUCGAUGUGAUUUCGCUUCAGAACAAACAAUCAAUGAAUACAAGAAAGCAGUCGGACAAACAAAUAAAUAUUUCAAAUGGACAACAUUUGUUUCUACAUCAAAACAACGAAAUCAAGCAGAAAAAUUCAGAAACAAUACAUUGUAUAUCAUUAAGCUGAUACAAGCUGAUAUCAACGAUCAAUAUUCUGAUUUGACGGAAAUUUCCUAUUAUCCACGUGAACAAGAGGUCAUGCUAGCCCCGGGUGUUCGUUUUAAAGUACAAGGAGUAUCUUUUGAUGAUCAAUUACAACAGAAUGAAAUAACCAUUGAAAUUGUCCCAUCUCACAUGUUCAAUUGA